AUGUUUCACAGACUAUUACUACUCUCUAUAAUUGGUUUUGUGACCGCAAUGUCCACCAAAGAUAAGUGCGAUCUCAAGAAAGUGGAUCGUUGUGCACAAAUACUAUACAUUUACGGCAAUCCCGACUAUAAGGUGUCCAAUAAUAUCAACGAAGCGCACAGAUUCUGCAACUCGACAAAAGAGGCUGAGAUGUGUAUCAGGACUUAUAAUAACGCGUGUGUGAAGCCAUUCUCGCGUCAAUACAUCAAUCUAUUGUUGGCCGGACCCACACAACAGCUCAAGAAGCGAUGCAAUCACUCAGGAAUCAAAAAGUAUUUGGAGCACAGAGUGUGUGUGAAUGCAACCAAAAGUGCCAUCGAUUUGUGUAAUAACGGCGCGAUUGCAGACACUAUGAGAAUAUUGAUGGCCCGCAAAGAGGAUUGGAUUCAAUUGAGCUGUUGUUUUCUGAGUAAAAGCACUCAAUGCUCGACGAAAGCCAUAGACAGUGAAGAACUUUGCGACGAAAGGUCUAAGGAAUACAUGAGAGAAGCGAUUCGUGGCUUUUCUGGCGAAGUGUUUGAUCUGUUUUGCGGUAAUGACUUACACUGGGAGUCGAAUAACUGUCAAAAAGUGACCAAAAAUUUACCCCAAAUUGAAAGUAAAACCAAAAAGCCUUUAAGUGUUUUCCCGGUUGUGUUAGAAAUGAUGGAAAGGUUUUAA